UCCAGUUUUUCAAGCAGGUACAAAUGACACCCUUCAGAGAAUGGAGUCUUCAGACGUCACACGUACAGAAAGACAGUGAUGUGCAAAUACAGCAAACAACGCUCUGGCCAUUGAACAGGUUCACUGGACUUCUCUGAAUGCGAUAAGCUGCUAUGAUUUGUGUCACAGUUAUUGUGGUUGUCAGUCUAGUUUGCUGUGGCCUUUUGUCAGACUUCCAGUUCUGGGUUAAAGCAGAUGUCCAAUGUUCACUUCUUAAGGAAAAUCCCCAUAAAGGAGAAGUUGUCUUGCAAGAGACUAAAGAAUUUUUUAUGACUGAAAGUAACCAGACAUGGAUAAACGUCUUUUCUGGGGACACCCUGAUUCUUCAUAUAAGUAGAGAUCUGCAUAACAUCAAAGAUGUUGCAUGGAAGAAAGAAAGAGCGGUAUUUGCAAAGUUUAAAGAUCAUACAAUAAUUGUCCCAUCUAAAAGCAGGGCACAGAUGUUUCAGAAUGGAAGUCUGAGACUUGAUAGAAUUUCAAGAAAAGACUCAGGAAAUUACAUUGUAGAAGUAUUCAAUGAGAAUGGAAGAAAUCUAUUGAAAGCCUCGCUCUACUUAGUUGUAUUUGAAAGCAUACACUUUGCAGUUUUAGGAGCUUCCCUUUUCCUCAAUCCACGAAACGUAUCGUCAGGAAUGGCAUCUAUAGAGUGGAAGAAGGGAGACGUGCUGCUCGGUCAGCGAAAUGUGACGCAUCAUGUAAGCUGUUACAACAGAAUGGAGAUUUUCCAGAAUGGCACUCUGUGGCUUAAAAUGACUGAAGAGGUGGAUGAGGGAAUGUACACGGUGAAUGUCCGUGAACAGAAUGGAAAAAUUAUUUAUUGGGAGCUCAUGAAGGUAUUCGUGACAGGUUUUGUAGUCACAGUUCCUCAGCCCCAAGUGACAAAGUUUCAUGAGCAUGAUGACGUCUCUCAAGACUCCAAAAUAUUUUUUAUGACAGAAAAUAACCAGAUGCACAUGAGUGUCUUCAGUGGAGAUUAUGUGAUUCUCCACAUCAGCAGAGACUUGGGAAAAAUGUAUAAUGUCAUAUGGAAGAAAGAGAAACAAACACUGAUAAAGUUGAAAAAUCAAUUGGUAGCUGUGUCAACCAACAGCAAUGCAGAGAUAUUUCCAAAUGGAAGCUUGAGACUUGGAAAGAUGUCAAUGAAUGAUUCUGGAAUGUAUACAGUGGACGUGUUUGAUGAGAAUGAUAGAAAUGUGCUGAAAAACUCGAUUUUCUUAGUCGUAUUUGACAACACUCAACUGGCAUUUUUGGGAGCGCCUGUAUUCCUCCAUCCUCAAAACAUAACUUUGGGAAUGGCAUCUAUAGAAUGGAAGAAGGGAGACUUGCUACUUGGUCAGUGGAAUGUGACACACCACGUAAGCUGCUUUGAUAGAAUAGAAAUUUUCCAAAAUGGUACUUUGAAGAUUAAAACGACUGAAGAGGUAGAUGGAGGAAUUUACAGAAUGGAUAUGUUUGAUGAGGAUGGAAGUAAGAUUUACUCAGAGCUCAUCAAGUUAAUCGUGACAGAUUCAAAUACCAUCUUCAGAAUUUCUUCCUCAGAUGUAAUCUAUGGAAUAUUCCGUCAUGUGGUUGCAGUCAUUCUUCUUCUUCUUAUCAUUCUGGGUCUUUUUUAUUGGAAAGGAAUUGAAACACUACUCCUUGAACUUCAGAAAAGGCUGAGUAAAAGUUCCCAGGAUGAAGAGAAGACACCACAAAAAUGGAAUCUGUUUGACUUAAAAAAAAUCAGACAAGCAAAGCCCAAGUGA